AUGGGCAGGGUUUCCUUCAGCGUUAGGGUCAACUCGGUGCGGAGAGCCCGCUGCUCUUGUCCUGGGCGAUGCUACCUUUCCUGCAGAGUCCCUCCAACCACCGCCCUCCAGGCACUGAACCGGCUUGGCUGCGCGGGGGUUCCGGGGGAGACUGCAGGUGGAGCCUUCGGACCCGGCCCCUCGGGGACCCGUGGCUUCCUCUCCGGGUCCAAGUUCCAGACUCCAGGCAACUGGAAGGAUUGCUUUGGAGCCCCGCCUGCUCCAGACGUCUUGAGAGCAGACAGUAGCGUGGGCGAGGGCUGUCCCCAGAAGCUGGUGACUGCUAAUUUGCUGCGUUUCCUCCUGCUGGUGCUCAUCCCCUGCAUCUGCGCCCUCAUCGUGCUGCUGGCCAUCCUGCUGUCCUUCGUGGGAACAUUAAAAAAGGUUUAUUUCAAAUCAAAUGACAGUGAACCUUUGGUCACCGAUGGCGAAGCUCGAGUGCCUGGCGUUAUCUUUGUAAAUACAGUGUAUUAUGAGGACACAGGGGCACCCUCUGUGCCCCCCAGCCAAGUCACUCCAGAGGACCAGAGGCACAGGAAUACAAGCACCUGCAUGAACAUCACUCACAGCCAGUGUCAAAUUCUGCCCUACAACAGCACGCUGGCGCCUCUCUUGCCAAUUGUCAAAAACAUGGACACGGAGAAGUUCCUCAAGUUCUUCACGUACCUCCAUCGCCUCAGUUGCUAUCAACACAUCCUGCUCUUCGGCUGUAGCCUCGCCUUCCCUGAGUGCAUUAUUGAUGGCGAUGACAGGCGUGGCCUUCUACCCUGUAGAUCUUUCUGUGAGGCUGCAAAAGAAGGAUGUGAAUCUGUCCUGGGAAUGGUGAACUCCUCCUGGCCAGAUUCCCUCAGAUGCUCUCAGUUUAGAGACCACACUGAGAACAACAGCAAUGUCAGCAAGGUCUGCUUCUCACUGCAGCAGGAACAUGGAAAGCAAUCGCUCUGUGGAGGUGGUGACAGCUUCCUGUGUACCAGCGGGCUCUGCGUCCCCAAGAAGCUGCAGUGUAACGGUUACAAUGACUGUGAUGACUGGAGUGACGAGGCUCAUUGCAACUGCAGUAAGGACCUGUUUCACUGUGGCACAGGCAAGUGCCUCCACCACAGCCUCGUGUGUGAUGGGUAUGAUGACUGUGGGGACUUGAGUGACGAGCAAAACUGUGAUUGCAAUCUCACAAGAGAGCAUCGCUGUGGAGAUGGGCGCUGCAUUCCGGCUGAGUGGGUGUGUGAUGGGGACCAUGACUGUGUGGACAAGUCUGACGAGGUCAACUGCUCUUGUCACAGCCAGAGCCAGGUGGAAUGCAGAAGUGGACAGUGUAUCCCUAGCACCUUCCAGUGUGAUGGAGACGAAGACUGUAAGGAUGGGAGUGACGAAGAGAACUGCAGUGACAGUCAGACGCCAUGUCCAGAAGGAGAUCGGGGAUGCCUUGACAGUUCCUGUGCAGAAUCCUGUGCUGGUAGCUCUCUGUGUGACUCAGACAGUGGCCCGAGUAACUGUAGUCAAUGUGAGCCCAUCACUUUGGAACUCUGCAUGAAUUUGCCCUACAACUAUACACAUUAUCCAAAUUACCUUGGCCACAGAACUCAAAAGGAAGCAUCCAUCAGCUGGGAGUCAUCUCUCUUCCCUGCACUUGUACAAACCAACUGUUACAAAUACCUCAUGUUUUUCGCUUGCACCAUUUUGGUUCCAAAGUGUGAUGUGAGUACAGGCCAACGCAUCCCGCCUUGCAGAUUCCUGUGUGAACACUCUAAAGAGCGUUGUGAGUCUGUUCUGGGGAUCGUAGGCCUUCAGUGGCCUGAAGACACAGACUGUAAUCAAUUUCCAGAGGAGAGUUCAGACAAUCAAACUUGCCUCCUGCCCAAUGAAGACGUGGAAGAAUGCUCUCCGAGUCACUUCAAGUGCCGCUCAGGAAGAUGCGUUCUGGGUUCCAGACGAUGCGACGGCCAAGCUGACUGUGAUGACGACAGUGACGAAGAGAACUGUGGUUGUAAAGAGAGAGAUCUUUGGGAAUGUCCAUUCAACAAGCAGUGUCUGAAGCAUACAUUAAUCUGUGAUGGGUUUCCAGACUGUCCAGAUAGUAUGGAUGAAAAAAACUGCUCAUUUUGCCAAGACUAUGAGCUGGAAUGUGCCAACCAUGACUGUGUGCCACGUGACCUGUGGUGUGAUGGACGGGCCGACUGCUCAGACAGUUCAGAUGAAUGGGGCUGUGUGACCCUCUCUAAAAACGGGAAGUCCUCCUCAUCCCUGACUGUUCACAGAUCUGCAAGAGAACACCACGUGUGUGCUGAUGGCUGGCAGGAGACAUUGAGUCAGCUGGCCUGCAGGCAGAUGGGUUUAGGAGAACCAUCUGUGACUGAGCUGAUCCAAGGAGAGGAAGGCCAGCAGUGGCUGAGGGUGCACUCCAGCUGGGAGAAUCUCAAUGGGAGCACCUUGCAGGAGCUGCUGGUGCACAGGCAGUCCUGCCCAAGCAGAAGUAAGAUUUCCCUUCUGUGUAACAAACAAGACUGUGGUCGCCGCCCUGCUGCCCGAAUGAACAAGAGGAUCCUUGGGGGUCGGACUAGUCGUCCCGGGAGGUGGCCGUGGCAGUGCUCUCUGCAGAGUGAACCCAGUGGACAUAUCUGUGGCUGCGUCCUCAUUGCCAGGAAGUGGGUUCUGACAGUUGCCCAUUGCUUUGAAGGGAGAGAAGAUGCUGAUGUUUGGAAAGUGGUAUUUGGCAUAAACAACCUGGACCAUCCAUCAGGGUUCAUGCAGACCCGCUUUGUGAAGACCAUCCUUCUACAUCCCCGUUACAGUCGAGCCGUGGUAGACUAUGACAUCAGCGUGGUGGAGCUGAGCGAAGAUAUCACUGAGACAAGCUACGUCAGACCUGUCUGCCUACCCCGUCCAGAGGAGUUUCUAGAACCAGAUACGUACUGCUACAUCACAGGCUGGGGUCACAUGGGCAACAAAAUGCCCUUUAAGCUGCAGGAAGGGGAGGUCCGCAUUAUUCCUCUGGAGCAGUGCCAGUCCUAUUUUGACAUGAAGACCAUCACCAAUCGGAUGAUAUGUGCUGGCUAUGAGUCUGGCACUGUGGACUCGUGCAUGGGAGACAGUGGUGGGCCUCUGGUGUGUGAACGACCCAGAGGACAGUGGACAUUGUUUGGUUUAACUUCAUGGGGCUCCGUCUGCUUUUCCAAAGUUCUGGGACCUGGAGUGUACAGCAAUGUGUCUUACUUUGUUGACUGGAUCGAAAGACAAAUAUAUAUUCAGACCUUUCUCCAAAAGAAAUCCCAAGGAUAAUCGGAGACUUUGCAGGACACCUACAUGGAGAAUGGCCCUCUUGAACGGGAAGCAUGUCCUGCCAAGAGCUGUACGAACAGGCGUCGGUUUCACGAACAGGACAUUCAGCAUUCACUGCGAGAGCUCUUCUGUUUGUGCUAGAUGAGUUUUCCUCAGGCUUCAGUCGUAUUCAACAUUAUCAUUCAUUAAUUUCAUGAAUUCUUUUAAAAGCACAGAGCAAAGUAGGUUUUGUUCUUUUGCUAGGCUAACCUUGAAUGUAGUAUGAAUUAUCGACCCAUAGGGACAACCUUUGGAACUCUAUGGUAACAAGUUAUAGAAAGCUCCUUCUAUUACUAUUACAAAACACACAUGGAGAUACACACUGACCAAUCUCCAGUUUCUGCGCAAGCACAGCAGCUUAGGGGGCACACUUCAGAACUGAUCUUAGA